UCGAGCGCAAGAGCACUGCGGAGCGACGCGCGCACCACUACAUGCCUCGUCCUGGUCGGACAGCGGGCAUCAUUUAUUGAUAAAAACAACAGUGAGCGGACGAUUGAAGACGUUAGGGAGCGAUUUUUUUGUGUAGCCUCCAGAAAAAUACGCGACGGAAGCUGAGAACAUUUCCAACGGAUACUCGUUUACAUAUAGACGCCUGACGCGCUGCGUACCACUUUAUAUGGUGAUGUGUCAGUAGAGCUCCAGUUUCCUUUAGCUCCCUCUGGUAAGAGAGCCCAGUCCUUCAACUGAACCUCCACUGCUUGAUCCAAAAUGGCUGCCACCAAAAGCGGUUAUGAGGGCAAGAUAGCCGGCCUAUAUGACCUAGACCGCACACUGGGCAAAGGCCAUUUUGCUGUGGUCAAACUAGCCCGUCAUGUGUUCACAGGCCAGUUAGUAGCAGUCAAAGUCAUUGACAAGACAAAACUUGAUGACUUAGCAACCGGCCACUUGCUUCAAGAAGUCCGCUGCAUGAAACUCGUCCAGCACCCCAACGUAGUGCGACUGUAUGAGGUUAUCGAUACACAGACCAAGCUGUACCUCAUUCUAGAGUUGGGCGAUGGAGGUGACAUGUACGAUUACAUCUUGCGUCAUGAAGGCGGGGUGGCCGAAGACAUGGCGAAAGUGCACUUUGCGCAGAUCGUUCGAGCGAUAGCCUACUGCCAUCGUCUGCACGUUGUCCACAGAGAUCUGAAGCCGGAGAAUGUGGUGUUCUUCAGGCAGCAGGGGACAGUGAAGCUGACCGAUUUCGGCUUCAGUAACCACUUUCAGCCCGGGACCAUGUUGAUGACCAGCUGUGGUUCACUAGCAUACUCCGCCCCAGAAAUACUGCUAGGCGAAGAAUAUGACGCUCCAGCAGUGGAUAUCUGGUCACUGGGUGUGAUCCUGUACAUGCUAGUCUGUGGACACCCACCCUUUCAAGAGGCCAAUGACAGCGAGACCCUCAUCAUGAUCAUGGACUGUCGCUACACUGUGCCAAACCACGUCUCUCCAGAAUGCAAAGAUUUGAUUUCACGUAUGCUGCAGAGGGAUCCGGCUAAACGAGCAUCUCUGACAGAGAUAGAGGGCCACUCUUGGUUGCAGGGUGUUGACCCUUCGCCUGCCGGGUACACAGCCGCUCCGCUCACCUCCCACCGCAGUUUGUUACCCGAGGAGCACGAGUUCAUACUGCAGGCCAUGACCAGUGGCAGCAUUGCUGACCGAGAUGCCAUUCAGGAAGCACUGGAGGUUGACAGAUAUAACCACAUCACAGCCACGUACUACUUGCUGGGAGAACGACUCCUUCGAGAAAAGCAAGAGCAGUCAAGUCUAUCUCCUGAACAAAGACAUACACAGAGACCCAUGUCAGAACCAUUGGACUUGGUGAGCCAAGUUCCCCGGACUGAUACACUAAGAGGAACACCUCUAGGUCCCUUAGCGCCUCUCGGUUCUCUGUCUUCCGGCUAUGUCCGACGUGGUGUGAGUGAAUCUGGGGACCUGCUGGCUCCCAAAUCCAACCGUCAUGACAACUCCUUCAGUGACUUUUGCAGCACGGCUCCCUGCUUGAGCCUCGGUCUGCACCCUCUACCUCCGGACCAACCUACUGUCAAGAGCCUUGGAGCCUUACAGCAGAUCUGUGAGGAAGAAGAGGAUGAGGAUGAUGAAAACGAGCAGAACAGGGAUGAGAUGAAACUUGAGGUGGCACCAGGUAAACUGGAUCCUCUUCCUUCAACGGAUCUCUCGUUGAAACCUUCUAGAACAUCUUUGCAAUCAGAGACUCAGAGGAGAACAGGCAGACCGUCUUGUAAAGUGAUGGGAAACUGUGAAACUCUGGCUGAGGAGGAGGAACUUGAGGAAGGGUCGGAAAUCAGGGAAGAGCAGAAGAAGCCUUCGGAUUCAGUGUCUAACAUCACUUCUGGCACCAUAGAACAUCAAGGACAGAUGCCCCCAAACACUGAAGCCCAUGUGGAAGAGUUAAACCACACAGAGCAACCAGGCAGAGGAAGGGACAAGGGUGUUUUCACCCACCCUAGCUUGUCUUUAGAUGAGCAAGAAGGAGAACAAAUUCAAGGUCCAAAUAUAGAUGAACCUCCACCACCUUCCAGACUAGAUGUUGUACAGUGCUGCUGGGGACAGCGUGAACCUUCGAAAAACACGCUAGAAAACAACAAUAACACCCUAGCCAAAUCUCGACUGCUUGAAGUUGGGGUGGUGUCAACCCCUUGUGGUUCCCCAAGGUCCCUGCCAAGGAACCACUGUGUGGACCUGGGUCCCGAUGGGGUGGAGAUGCGUAAGACUGCGGGAGAAGUCGAGAAACCUGAGGAGGUACAGCCUAAACCACAAAAAGGCCUCCAGGGAACCAGGGACACAAAUACUGACCCUGCUAUCCGGGCCGAUCCCAGCAAGGUCAAGAACGUAAACUUGCGAGAACGUCUGCUGCAGUUCCCGCUCUGUGAAAAAGCCUUGUCCUUCAACAUCCAGCCCACUUCUAAAGAGAAGCUCCUGCCAUUUGCACAGUACAACUGCUGCCAUGUGUUGUAGAGGUUGUAUCCCGAGAUCAAGGAACAAACUGAUAUCAACCGAAACCCUCCAACCUCUACAACUCUGGAGUUGUUCAGACAAUUAAAGAAAAAGUGUGUUCUCACCUCAUACUGUAACCUCAGAGGUGCUUUUCCACACAAUCUACUUAUUGUAUAUCUUUAUUUUCUUUCCCAACCCAGCAUUCCUUGCUGCUUUCCUGUAAAACAGUUAACCUCCUGACAAUGCUGUGUAUACGAACACCUGUAUCGACUGACACUGCUCACUAUAUUCUGUGCUAUCUCAGAGACUUUCAUUCGAAAUAUUGUAUGUCUUGCUAGCGUAGGAGCUUUAAUUCAAUAACUUGUCAUUUUGCGCUGUAAUAUCUUUACCACAAUAAGAGUUCCACCGAGUUUAGUCAUAUCACUAAGCGAGUGGGUGAAGACCAUGCUUCAGAGCAACACAUAAUAAGCCAACACAAGAACAGACAAUGAACAAUCACAACAGUGGAUGUUUAGAUUUAAGAACUAGCUGUCCCGUCAGUGUAGUAGUCCUGACACGUUUUUGGUUUUCGUUUGAUGUAUUUUUGCAGGCAACUGUGAGGCAAUGGUCUUUACUCAGAACUUGUAAGAAGUUGCAUGCUGUGGCAUUGUUGUUUUUCCCCACACCACUGUCUCAUGCUAGCAUGUUUGCUAGCAUCUUUACCCUCAGGCAGUGGGACAGGAAGCAGAACACUUUGCCACAUUGAUACAGUGAACAGUGACAGUUUGGGAGCAUGGUUAUGAGAGCAUGCUAAAUCAAAACAGCUUAGCAUAGCAUUAGCAUUUUGUGAGCAGGGGACUGACCAGGGAAAGAUGCUAAGUAUAUCUGUAUAUUUAAAAAAAAACAAGAAGAGGGCUCAAACAGAUUAUUCUGAGAGAUUAUGACGAGAGACUUUUUGUGAAAUGGACAUAAUAUUACACAAAACAGAAGACUGGUCUUCCUGGAGCUAUAUUUUAGUUUGUUUUAAAACUACUAAUUCUUGGAAAUAUUAUGAAGCUUUUAUCAAGCAUUAGAAAGUUAUCAAGGGUUUUUUCGAAAGAUGGUGACAAAGACACUUUUUUUUUUUUACAUAAGGAGAUAUGCGAGGGAGAUUAAUUACAUAACAUUCUAUCUAUUUUUGUUUAAUCAUCUGCCUCUGGGUGCAUCUUUAACAUAUGUUGUAAAGGGAUAAGCUGUUUGAAAUAUCCAGUCAUGUACAGUGUAUAUAUUCUUUUGGACAUAUUAUGCUAUUGGUAUGAUGUAUUUUGACCCUUGCACCGUAUACAUACCAAACAUUUCAACCCUUCCAUUUUAGAUCUUAUUCAGUGAACGUAGCAGUUUGAUGACACUAGUUUGGUGACUGACAAAAAGGUCAUAUAGUUUCUUGUGUCAUAGUUGUAAAUACAUUUGAAGAGCUGUACAUUAGCUUAAAAUGUACAUUGACAAAAUCCAGCCUUCGUAUGUUGCAAUGGCAUGAGUGAAGCUAGCGGUUACUGUUGUUUUGACCUCCUAAACAGCCUAAACACAUCACAUAAUCAUUUAGAUAGCAAAUGUGACUGUGGUUUCUGUUACUUUGGUACUCUAAAGGAUGUCAAAGCUAUUCAGUCACUUCACAUGUUCGUAAUUUUCUGUGCUAUACGUAGUGCACUUGUCACCGGUGAAUUCAUUUUUUUUGGUCACACUGUAGCCAAUGAAAGUGCAAAUGUCAAAUACACUUAUUUUUGUUUGCGAAAUCUUGUACCACAGAUAAGCUUGACCAAAUGCACAAGAAUAGAUAAUGUAAGAGGUGCUUUAGGGAGAGAUAGCAAGAAAUAUAGGCCUAUAUAGACAAAUUACAUAUCCAUAACUUCUGAGAUUCGAAUUUUCAUUCCCAUUCUAUGUUUAAUCAAUCAAGGAACAGCCAUCCUGGCCUAGGAUGAUUUGUAAGUACAACCUUCUGGACCAAUCAGAGGGCAGAGUGAUAUAUACGUAAAACCAGACAUGCACUAUAUUUUCGUAAUCAGCAUUUUUAUUUUCUUCUUAUUUUGAUGUUUCUCAUUUGACAUGGGUCUCCAUCCUUCAAAGCAUCUGUAAUCACUUUACAGCGAAAGUCGGAUUUGGGUUUGUCUAUAGUCCCAUUGACCCUUACUAAAACUAUGACUGUGUCUCAAUGAGAUUAAUUUAUUUUUAUAUUUAUUUAUUAAAACUGAUUAAACUGCCA